GCCAAUACCAUGAGGAAAACCCGACCGUCAAGCAGACGGAAAUUGGAGGUAUGCCAUGGAACACUGAAAACCUCCCCGUUGAAAGGUUACCGCUGACUCGAUGUAAAUGUAGCAAUGUUUGGCGUCGAACGGAGGUGAGUAGCCAUAUAAUCGAAGCCACCGCUUGACGGACAUUCUCUAAUUAUGUCCCAUGAUCCUCUUGCUAAUCUUUCCAAUAGCACCGUAUCCAAAGUUCUGCGGCAGAAGGAGAAGUACCUCUUCCCGGACGACGGGUCGAGGUCGCCUGUCAAAAGAUCCAAGGGGAAAUUUCCCGACAUUGAACGCGCCCUGUCCAAUUGGGCGAGAAAUUAUCAGAAGCAAGGUUUACCGUUAACUGAUAGCAUGAUCAAAGAAAAGGCGCGAUUUUUUGCAACCACCGUGGGGAGCUCAGAGAGCCACUUGAAAGCAAAUAGCUCCACGUGGCUUGAAAAGUUCAAGCAAAAGAACAAUCUCGCCGGUUCCAAGUCAGCGAAAAGCAGCAACGGGCGUGGUUCUACGCGUGGUCUACAAAUCCAAACGGAUUCGGAGCCAACGACGCCUAAUGCCCUCUCCCCAGUCUCACCAGGAGGCCUCUCAUCGCCAUCGCCCAUCAGGUCCCCCAAGAGCCAAGACAGCACAGCAAAUGACAGCCCAAGCGACUUUCUAGACUUCUCGCCACCUUUUGCACCAAUUAGCUCUGCGAAUGCUCCUCCAAUUCCGAGCAUUUUCAGCGACAGCAGUCCUCAACUAUUCUCGCAGGCCCCCCAUAGUCCAACCUCGCCUUUCUUCUCACCGGAUUUGAACGAUGGGCCGAGUCCACUUUCGUCGCCUCACGUUGGCAUUCCUUCAACUAUGGGUGACUUGUACAGUCGUCCACGUAGUCAGACGUUUCCAAUGCUUGGGAUUGAGCCGACAUUCGUGACGUCUUCAACGACUAAUGAGGGUUCUCAGAAAUAUACUCAGGAUUCCGUCAAGAUGCCACCAUUGGAAACUUCUUUGUCUCAAGGCGAUCCUCAUCGCCAAGCAAAUGGCAGUAUUCACUCGAUCACAUACGCCAGCCACGAUGACAUCAGCCCGUUGUCCAUUCAUGCUUCAACCCAAAGCACGUCUCCUACCACGAGCAAUGGAUAUGGUUCACCGACAUCCCCUUCGCAGGAUGAUGCUCGUCGUGCGCUCGAACUGGUCAUGGCUUACUUUCAACAUCAACCGUCCGGUUUCGUAGACCCUCAGGACUACAUGACGAUUGGAAAGCUCAUGGAGAAACUGCGGAUCCAAGGGCACGACCUUUCAAAAGGCCUCCCUGGAGGUCUUCAUCAUAUCCCAGAGCACGAAAUGGCCGGAUCUAAAAAGGAUCAGUCCCUCAAUGCUUCGCUCUAACAACACCAACAUGCGUACCAGUUAGGUUGGUUGGGAAUGGGUCGAAACCACAAAGACCGCGGCCCGUAUAUCCCAGAUACGUGUCGGUACCUGAGGACUUUGAUGAUCAACGACAGUUAUUGCUUUCCCUUUUUUUUUACCUCUCUCGCCGCAAUCACAGCAGUAUCGCUUUCUUCUCUCGGGCUUCAUUUCAUUUAUAUAUCAUUGACCUUUUAGGGUCUUGUACAUCCUUUGGCAGCCCUUUCUUUUCAUCGUCUUUGCAUUUAUACCUUGGUUGAUGUGAGGCAGCGCCUCUGGCGACCCAAAUCGGUUUCUGACUUGGUUAUUUUCGGCUCCUUUUUUGGGGAAUGAACUUUUCUCUCUUCCUCUUUUUUUUUAAUCUCUAUAUGGCCGGCAUGCAUCACGCUC